CGGCAGCAGCAGCAGCAGCGGCGGCGGCGGCAGCAGCAGCAGUCGGAGCGGUCAUGGAUCUCUUUGAAUUGGACUUUUUCAGAGACUGGGAGCUGGAACAGCCAUGUCAUCUUGAGUCGGAGCGCAGCGUCUUGAAGAGGCGUGAGUGGGAGAGGAGGAAUCAGGAGGUCCAGCAGGAUGAAGAUCUGUUCUCCACUGGUUUCAACCUGUUCGGUGAACCCUACAAAACUAAUAAAGGUGAUGCCUUGGCCAGUCGUGUCCAGAACACACUGGGCUCCUAUGAAGAGAUGAAGGACCUGUUGACCAGCCACUCCAACCAGAGCCACUUGGUGGGAAUCCCCAAAAGCAGCAGUGCCAACAACAACCUUCAAACUCCGACCACGUCGACUUCAGAGAGGCCCACCGUGGACUCCCAGCUUUUCAGUGAAACCUUGAGAGAAGUAACAGGUGGAGGAGGCGGAGGAGGAGGGGGAGGAGGGGGAGCAGACACAAGUGGAGAUAAGCGUUUGGGAAAUGCGACUUCUUCAACCGCCACCUCCAUGCAACCUCCGGCUCUGACGGCCUUAUCGUCCAGCACAUCAGCAUCAGCGGCCUCACAUCACACGUCCAGGAAGACGGCGGGUUCCAUGGACUGGUCAAAGGCAGCGCACGGACAGACUUCCCAGGGAGCCAGCCUGGUCCUGGGUCUCGGCCAGAGCUCUCAGGGUCAGGCUGCUGCGGGGGCCAACGGUGGGAGAGGAAAGAUGUCCCUGCUGGAGGAGGAGCAGAUUCAGAGGCACGAAGAACUGUUCAGUUCACUGAAAGAUGAACUUGGUCUAAAAGGAGAUUCGAGCCCUUCUUCCUCUUCGUCGUCCUCCUCCUCCUCUUCUUCCUCUAGAAGACACUCCUCCCACACUUCUAAAACCCUUCCUCUACCAGAUGGCGCCCACUUCAAGUCUUCCAACAAUGCCGACAACGGCGGGCAUUUCAAAUCCUCGCCGUUCGAAAACGAUACGCGCUCUCACUUCUCGACAUCGUCGUCACCCUUGGCGUCAACGUCUGUCGUAACCACGCCCACUCCUGGUCUCACCACUCCCACAUCUGGACUCACCACUCCCACCUUCCCACCCGGUAGCCUGUCGGGGAAACCGGUGGCAGUGCAGCAGAAGCCGACGGCAUACGUUCGACCGAUGGACGGUCAGGACCAGGCGCCCAGUGACUCACCCCAGCUCAAACCCCCUCUAGUGGCCACGGAGGGCUUCAACACCAACCAGGCGUACGGAGGAAACCCUGGAAAUGUGAAGAGCAAACUGCCGAAACUGACUCUGAGUCACACGGGGGAGGUCAGUCUGCCAAAUGACUCCAGCUGCGUGGAAGAGAUUUUGCGGGAGAUGACUCAUUCCUGGCCUCCUCCUCUCACAGCCAUACACACUCCCGGUAAAGCUGAUCAAACCAAGUUUCCCAUCCCCAACAAGGAAUCACAGCAUGUGACCUCGGGCUACAGCAGCCAGAAGCGAUGUAGUGUUUCGGCUAACAAGCCUGCUGCUAAACCACCAGCUGCACCACAGAAGUCCAUGUUGGAGGAUGACCUGAAGAUCAGCAGUGACGAGGAAGAGGCCGAACAACAGGUGUCAGACAAGAGUAAAACCAGAGGCCCUGCCCUCAGUGCUGCGUCUGGAAGCAGUAGCGAAUCAGAGAGCAGCUCCGAGUCGGACACGGACGAAUCAGAGAGCAGUUCCAGCGACAGCGAGUACAACCGGGCGUCCCGCACAAACACACCUGAGCCCGAGCCUCAGUCCACAAACAAGUGGCAGCUGGACAGCUGGUUGAACAAGGUCCAGGCCCAGACCAAACCUCUGGUUUCCACUCAGCCAGAACCCCAUGGCGCAGGCUCCGUCAACCCGGCUCCAGAGACUUUUUCUCCAGGGAAUGAAGCAGCUGGAGUGGCUACGGCUGCCAAGUCCAAGCCCUGUGUGCCGGGCAGCGCCCCAGCUGCAGCUGUGUCGACGGUGGAACACAAGGACACGCGGGGAGCCUUCUGCUUGGGUAGAGAGAAGGCCAAGGCCAAGAUCAGCCAGAAGGCCCCCGGGGAGGGACAGAGGUCCAAGAUAAGGCUGUCGCCGGCUCUGCUGUCAGGACCGGAGGUCGCAGCUCCGAGGAGGAACACCACGGGGAAAAAACAGCCCAGACGGACAGAGAGGUCAAACAGUGUGGAGGAAAAUCAGAGCCAGACGUGUAAUAGAAGCGUCCAGCACAGCAGCCCUGCUGUGAGGGACAAGGAUCUGCUGCCUUCCCCUUCCCUGGAGCACCAGAACCCCCCGAGACCCAGAACCAAACCCCCCAGUGGGAAACCAGCUCCGAGGAAAGAGCCUCGCAGCACUGCCAACUCCAGCACCAACACGGUCGCCCCACCAGCAGCACUUCAGCAAACCACCGUACCAGUACCAGCUGUCAGUAUAAACCAGCAGGAUAAAAGAAAACACAGAGGUCCGAACACCAGACUCACACCCAAGUCCCGGGAAUUCAUCGAGACGGACUCCUCGUCGUCGUCCUCCUCCGAGUGUCAGUCGGAGUCGGAGGAGGCCAUUAAAAUCUCCGCUCUGCCACAGACGACACGUGCGGCCAUCAACACACAGACUCUGUCCGGCGCCCACAUGCACAUGCCUCUCCUCACAUGUCUGGGCUCUGCUGGAACUCUAGGAAGUCUGGGGACGUUUGGCGGGAAAGGACUGCGGGUCAAAGAUGGCGCUAAUGCGCCCCCUAAUGGUAGCAGCAGCACUAACAGUGAGAUCAACGGUGGGACCAACGGCGGCAGUAGUGGCUGUAACUCCCGGAGCAUUAGCAACAUCAGCGGCUCCUUUGGCGUGUCUGUCCCCGAUCCCGGAGGGUCAGGGGGACAGUGUAAGGACCUGGAGCCCAUGUCUCCGCCUCCCACCUUGGUGCACGAGGUCCCGCUGUCCCCCCUGAGGGAGUAUGAGGAGAGACAGAAUCUGUGGGUGAAAAUUGACCUCAGUUUGCUGAGCAGAGUUCCUGCCACGGGUUUGGACGAGAGGCCGAGGGCGGCCCUCACAGACGGGGAGGGGAGUGAAGGGAGAGACAGGGAGAGGCAGGGGGUGAGGACAGGUGCUGCUGAGAGAGACAGGCAGCAGAAGCCGGAGGACAGAGAGUGGCUCGGUCUCAGAGAGAGACACAGGUUCACCAAGGCUGAGAGACAGGAUGAAGAAAAUGAGCAACUGCUGCCAGACGGUGACAGACAGGGAGACAAAGACAGGACGGCAGAGAGAGACAGGCAGACGGAGAGAGAAGACAGAGACAGAUUAGGUCCCGGGGAGAGGGACGGCAAGAUGAUGAUGGUACGGGACAGAGACAAGGUGUGUCUGGGACCAGGUCUCCUGGAAAACCCCCCUGUCCAGGAGCAGAGUCUUCCCAGGUUGGCUGGGAGGACGGAGAGAGGGGAGACAGAGAGUAAACACAGGAGACAAGCAGCAGGGAGUGUGAUGGUGUCCACGGACAAACGCACCAGCAAGAACAAGAGGAAACACAAGUCGGAGCACAGUGAGUCACCGGUCAACGGGAGUAAGAAGCUGCGACUGGACAAAGACUGUCAGCUCCUCCCACCAUGCAUCUCUCCAAUCCACAACCACAAGAACAACGCUGCAGACUCUCUGAACAGGAAGCGGCGACGCAACGAGAAGCUCCUACCUCCCCUGCUGUCCCCCCUGUCUGAUGAGCCGCCCCGCAAACGAACCUGUGACAACGGUACCUCUCUGAACCAGGAGGGCGGCGACACAGGGACCCUGCCCUGCUCUGCCUCAUCUGCCUCGUCCUCCUCCAGCCACAGGCACAGGAGAGGUGAAGCCAAGGUGUCGUCACAUGUCACAAGAAAUGGCAGCGAAAUGGAUCAUCCGUGUGAGAAGGCCUGUGGAGAUGGUUUCCAUGCCAACGGACAGUCAGACUCCGACGUUUGGUCAGAACCGCUGAUGGAUCCGGCAGAACCUCGCAGGCCCCGGCUGACGUUCUGUGACACGGUCCACAGUGCAGAUUACUACAUGCAGGAGGCCAAGAGGCUGAAGCACAAGGCCGACGCUUUGAUGGACAAAUUUGGUAAAGCGGUGAACUACGCCGACGGAGCGCUCUCCUUCAUAGAGUGUGGAAACGCAAUGGAGCGAGAUCCGCUGGAGGCCAAAUCACCCUACACCAUGUACUCUGAGACCGUGGAACUAAUAAGGUACGCCAUGAGGCUGAAGAACUUCAGCAGCCAUUCGGCCUCCGUCACCGAGAAGAAGCUCGCCGUGCUGUGUAACCGCUGUCUGUCUCUGCUGUAUCUGAGGAUGUUCCAUUUGAAAAAAGACCAUGCUGUCAAGUACUCGCGGUCUCUCAUGGAGUACUUUAAGAAUUCUGCCAAAAGUUCCCACCAAGCACCUUCUCCCUGGAGGACCAACGGAAAGGUGAACGGCACUCCGUCUCCGCUCUCACUCUGCCCUUCUCCGGCAAGCAGUGGAGGAGGAGGGGGGUCGGGGGGGGCGGCGGGCUCACUGGGCAGUGCAGCUAUACCACAGCGGACCCACCACAUGGCUGCGCAGUAA